CCUGUGGAAGUGGAUCCAAGUCUAUUCGGGAUGAGCCACAUCCUGAGGCGAAGCCCCCUCUGGUGGUUACAUGGCAAUUCAUGCCCAGAAUUAUCAGGAUAUUUAAGUUCUGGGUGGAGACUUGGAGCCAAACCAGUGUUUCAGCUCUGUAGUCUGCAGAAGCCCUAGCAGAGGGGCUGGAGACUUUCUCAAUCAUGGCAGCAAGCCCUGACCCUGUCCUCAGCAGGCCAGCCGUUAACCAGGAAUUGUCCGAUCUCUUCAACGAGCUGUGGAGGUUGGAUGCGAAUCGCAUGAAGCCUGGGACGGACUACACUCUCUCCGUUCAGGGCCGAGCUGGGUUUGUGAGCCAGGGCAGCCAUGUUGUUCGGGACCACGCCUCACAGCCUCUGUUCUCCAGCGUAGACGAGGUCAAACUGAGGAACGCCACCACCUUCUCCCGUGAGCCGAUGCUCCCCGUCCCUGCCCGGACGCGCAGGCCCCUCGCUGACCGUGCUGGCUUCAUGGGACUUCUGGACAACUAUGAGCGGUCCACAGGGGUGAUGGAGCGGGUCACACCAGAGGAGCUGGCAGAAGUCAGUCUCUUCCUGGAUGCCGUUUUGGAGACGGAAGUCAUGAAGCCUCUCGUAAAGGAGAAAAAGAGGAAAAAGCUCCAGAUGUACUUCAUAAAAAAUGUGGGCCGAGAGGCUUCAGAGCUGCAGCGAGGGGCUGGGGCCCCCGUCAGGGGGGACCAGCACAGCCUGCUGAGCUAUCUGGCUUUCAAACGAGCUCAUCAGUAUCUGGUGAGCAAAGGUCAGUCCAGCGCCGACUUGAGGCAGUUCAAGAAUCAGCUCAACCUGAUUUGGUUCCACCUCUACCACCGGCAGAGGAACGCAGGCCUGGACUCCUGCGGGUUCGAGCACGUCUUUGUGGGCGAGAUGAGAUCCGGGACGGAAAUCAUCGGCUUCCACAACUGGAUCCAGUUCUACCUGCAGGAAAAGAACAGGCACCUGGACUACAAAGGUUACAAGGCCCGGGAAAACGACUUGCCUGACCACGACGACCACGUUCUGAACAUGCAGUUCAGCUGGCACGGCCUGGUGAAACCGGUGGGCAGCGCCUUCAUCGGGACCAGCCCGGAGUUCGAGAUGGCCCUCUUCACCGUGGUCUUCCUCAUGAACACGGAGAGGAGCACCACGGUGCUGGUCAACGUGGACCAGUGUCAGAUGGAGCUGGUGGUGGUCAGGCACGGCCGCUCGCUGGGGACGGCCUACCCCAAACUGCUCAGCAGCAACAGCAGACACGUCAGACAGCCCUCGCACUGACCCACACGGCCCAGACGGAGCUGAUUAGGUUGAUGAGAUGCGGUUUUUGAUAAUUUUAAAACCAUUUAAAAAUAGUUAGCAAUAUAAAACAAAAAGUUGCGAUUCAGUGUGUUUGAUGUUGACUGAAAUGUUGACUAGAUCUACCUUAAAAGUGUAAACGACAGUAUUGAAUUAUUGUAAUACUGUUGUUUCUAAUGAAAAUAAAGGUUUGAUAAUAAAGGUGAAGCAUUACUAAAGCACAUGGAUAUCAUGUUAGUGCAUCGUUUUGAUACAGCCCUUCAGCAAAUCCACAAUUUCGUAAUUUUGUCUGGAUUAUCUAAAGCAGAGUUGACAAAACAUUGUCACACACCAGACCUCAAACUGCAAGUGUUUGUCUGACUAUGACCAAAGUAUUUUCCGUUUUUCCAGAGAAGCCACAACAUCAACAAAUUUAGCCCAAUAUAAUGAUGGGCAAAUGCCAUUUACUGGCUAUAUCACACUCAUCUUACUGCGAUUCAUUAUGAGAUAUACAUUUAAAAUACUAUGACUAUGUUCAUGCAGUUUUACCAGAUAUCAUCCAUUAUUAGUAGUUGGAUGCGAGCAGGCUUUUCUAACACUGUAUACAAUUUUAUUUGAUUUUUUUUACAAUCCAAAUUUAACAAAAUCAUGUAAUAUUUUCUGUGAUGAAAUAAAAUGAAUUUUUCCAGAAUA